AUGCCAGAAGCCGCAGAUGCGGAGAGCUGGGGCUCCACACGCAUCAGGUUCCAGAAAUUCUCCUGCCAGUGGACCAUCAGCAACUUCCACUUAUCUGGAGGGUUUUGGAGAGACAUUAGAAGUCCAACUUUCUCAUCAGGAGCCAAUGGCCAAGAGAAGUGGUGUUUGAAACUACACCCGACCGGGGUAGACAAGGAACAGAGGUCACCUGUUUACCCGGCGUUGCUCAGCUGUCCACAAAGCCCAGUUUGGGUGAAGUUCCAGUUUUGGAUAUUAAAUGUGGGCAGAGAUAAAAGCAAUAUCGGGGAGAGCCAAAGUGUCAACAGCUUCCUGCCAGGCCACCACAGGGGAUUCAAAAAGUUCAUCCUUCGAGAUUUCCUCUUGUCCCAGACGCAUUGGCUACUGCCGGACGACAGGCUCACUCUCUUCUGCAAGGUGAGUGUGCUCGGAGGCUCCUACACCAUCUCUGGACAGGAGCUGAGCCCUGUGAUCAAUGUUCCAAGUUGCACGUUGACCGAUGACAUAGGGGAGCUGUGGGAGACUUCUCGCUUCACAGACUGCUGCCUGUCAGUAGCUGGUCACCAAUUCCGGGCUCACAAGGCCUUUCUAGCAGCUCGCUCUCCAGUUUUCAGAGCCAUGUUUGACCAUGAGAUGGAGGAGAGCCUUAGCAACCACGUUGAAAUCAAUGACCUGGAUCCUCAAGUCUUCAAGGAGAUGAUGGGAUUCAUUUACACGGGGAAGGCGCCAAAUCUCAACACCUUGGCCCCUGCUGUGCUGGCGGCUGCUGACAAGUAUGGCUUGGAGCAGUUGAAGGUCAUGUGUGAGGACGCCCUCUGCAGACACCUCUCAGUGGAGAAUGCUGCUCACACUCUCUUCCUGGCUGACCUCCACAGUGCACAACAGCUGGAAAUGGAGGCCCUGGGUUUCAUUACAGUUCAUGCUUCCGAGGUCUCUGAGACUUCAGGGUGGAAGGAAAUGGUGAACUCAUACCUGCACCUGGUGGCUGAAUCUUACAGAUCGCUGCCUUCUGCACAGGAAACUUUCCUGAAAUCUCCUCUCAAAGGCCUGAAGGAAAUCUAG